CCGCAUUCCGCCGUUGACUGUAGGCAGUAGGCCUAGCGGCGUUCACGUUUCAUCCGGCGUCCCGCUCGCUCGCGCGUUUUGGUGUAGCGCGUUUCUUCUCGUUUUGUGUUUUGUUUGACGAGCUUCGGACGUGCGGAACGUAUCUUUUGUUUCGUGGACUCAUCGGGUGUGCAUGGCGCGCGUGUUUCACUAGCGCGUGCCCCUCAAAAAUCGUCGUCUUCACAGCGGCGUUUUGACUCCGCGCGCAACGCUGACACAUUUCACCGGGCGCCCCCCACCACCCAAUGGAACAAACCGGCAAGAGGACCGACAAGAAGAGAACGCACAAAGACGGCACCCCGGGGGAACCGGAGGAGUUCAUCGUCGAGAAGAUACUCGACCGGCGCGUACGACAGGGCAAAGUCGAGUACUUGCUCAAGUGGAAGGGUUACGGUGACAGCGAGAACACCUGGGAACCCGAGGAGAACCUCGACUGUCCGGGUCUGAUAGCGCAGUUCGAAGAGAAGCGCAAGCAGAAGGCCGAGUCUCAACAGUCGGCAGCCAAGAUGAAAGACGACGCGGACGCUCCCAGUCGCAAGAAGAAAAAGCAGGAGGGCGACGCCAAGCCACGUGGGUUCGACCGCGGCUUGGACCCGGACCGGAUAAUCGGCGCCACCGACUCGUCGGGUGAGCUGAUGUUCCUGAUCAAAUGGAAAGACUGUGACGAGGCCGACAUUGUGCCCGCUCGCGUUGCCAACGUGCGCUGUCCUCAGGUGGUGAUUCGGUUCUACGAGGAACGUCUCACUUGGGACACAUGCGGCGGCCGGGACGAAGACACCUCCGAGAAGGCGGCCAAGGCUUAGCGCUCGAACGGAAGAAAAAACAAAAUGCCCGCCGUUGACGACAACACACAGGCAACAAAUUUUUCGCGUCCAGAGUUCACCCUUAUCGUUUGAAACUGCUGGACUGUGUUAACUCUUCCUGGAACACUCCACCUACACCUCCUGUUUUCUGUUUUUUUUUCUUUCUGCCAUUCGUUCCGUUUUGUGUUUUUGUUUUAUGCCUUUUAUCCGAAACACCCGAGGCAUCGGACGCGGAGCGGUGACAAAACAGGACCGUUUUUUGCCGCGCCGUAAACCACUUUAGGCAAAGUGUUUUUCUUUUUUGUAUGUGUAUGCAUUGGCUUUAUCGAAAUGUGUAACCGUAUAGCCCAGUUUUGUGGGAUUAAGGCGCGGGAAUUUCGCAGCGCCGGCGCUUUGUCGCUCAUGAACUCUUGUGUUUAGAAAAACAACUGUGUUCCGCCCGCAUUGUUGUAACCUUGAAACACAUUCUGUGUCUUGGCACGAAGUGAUGUAAGAAAAAAAAAAAAAAAAAAACCUACGCCGGCCUUUCUUGGUGGCCGCCGUUCACGAAGCUUCGCUUCGUGUGAGAAAAAAGAAUUUGCAUACCUUUCAGGCAUCUAAAUAUUCGAUUCACCGUUUGAGAUGUUUGUGUUUUCUAGGUUGCAGCAACAAGCUAGCGCGGAUUUUGUGUUUCAUUCAUUAUCGUUCAUUUGUUUUGGUUUGAGUCGUACGCUGCGGGUGUUGCUAUUGUACAAAACAGGAGCCCAUUAAAAACCUUUUUUUUU